CCCGAGAGAGCCCUGCUCCCCCGAGCGCCGGGGACGCGGCUGCGAAACGGACAGGAGGGAGUGGGGGCGAGCCUGGCGCGGCGACGCGGGGGAGUCCGGGUGCGUGAAUGCGAGGAGCGCGACGCGAGUGUGGGUCAGACGCCAAGGAAACCGUACGGAGUGCCCGCGCUGGGGACGCGGCGCGGCUGCGUAGACGGUUAGCCACCGUGUAAACAGGCUCCGAUCACUCCAGCCCGCGCUAAGUGCGGGGAGGACACCACCUCGGGGAGAUGGAGUAAGGGUCAGGGAGCGCUUCUCAGAGAAGGUGUCAUCUGGGCCUGAGUGGACCAGCCCGCGAGGGCUUUUGAGGCCCAGCAAGCAGCGAGAUUUUGACGCAGGGCCCAGCCUGGUGUGUCUGCAGGGCAGAAAAGAGGCCAGCGUGGCUGAAGCGCCGGGAGGAAGGCUCGGAGGUGGGGAGAGCUUGGCCCGCGCCUCGAAGAUGGCGGGGAGGCCCACGGACAGCCUGGCGUUCCGGUGGGGGACCCUUUUCUGCUCCACCGCAUGAGGUUUGGAACCCCAGCCCCGCACCGAGGACGACCGGCGCUCACGGGCUCCCUGCAAUGGCUCCGCGCCCUUCCUGGGCAGGCAGACAGGACGGUGACAGUUUCACAGAAGGUGCUGCUGGCCUGAGGCCACCCCGCAGGAGCAGAUCUGCCCAGGAUGUGGUCCAGCUUCAGCGAAUGGUUUUGGCAGGAGAGGUUGUGGCUGCCACCCAACAACUCGUGGGCUGCCCUGGAGGACCGGGAUGGCCUGGUCUAUGCCCACCCCCGGGAUAUGCUGGCAGCCCUGCCCCUGGCGCUGGCCCUGGUGGUCAUGCGCUUCAUCUUCGAGAGAUUUGUUGGCAUGCCCCUGAGUCGGUUGCUAGGUGUGCGCAAUCAUGCCAGGAGGCUGGUGAAGCCCAAUGCCACUCUGGAGAAGUACUUCCUCACAGAAGGGUGGAAGCCCAAGGAGCCCCAGAUGGCCCUCCUCGCGGCCCAGUGUGGCCUCACACUGCAGCAGACCCAGCGCUGGUUCCGGAGGCGCCGGAACCAGGACCGGCCCUGCCUGACCAAGAAGUUCUGCGAGGCCAGCUGGAGGUUUGCUUUCUACCUGUGCUCCUUCUUCGGUGGCUUGUCCGUCCUCUACCACGAGUCAUGGCUGUGGACACCGGCAAUGUGCUGGGACAGUUACCCAAAUCAGCCCCUGAAACCGGCCCUCUACUAUUGGUACCUCCUGGAGCUGAGUUUCUACAUCUCACUGCUGAUCACGCUGCCCUUUGAUGUCAAGCGUAAGGAUUUCAAGGAGCAGGUGGCACACCACUUCGUGACCAUCAUCCUGAUCGUGUUCUCCUACAGCUCAAACCUGCUGCGCAUCGGCUCCCUGGUGCUGCUGCUGCACGACGCCUCCGACUACCUCCUGGAGGCCGGUAAGAUGUUCAAUUACACGAACAGGCGGAAAGUGUGCGACGCCCUCUUCAUCAUCUUCUCCUUGGUCUUCUUCUAUACUCGCCUCGUGCUCUUCCCUACAAAGAUCCUCUAUACCACAUACUACGAGUCCAUUGCUGAGCGGAGCCCCUUCUUUGGCUACUACUUCUUCAACGUCCUGCUGAUGGUGCUGCAGCUGCUGCACGUGUUCUGGUCUGGCCUCAUCCUCCGCAUGCUCUGCAGCUUCCUGAAGAAAGGCCGGAUGGAGAAGGACGUCCGCAGCGACGUGGAGGAGUCCGAUUCGAGCGACGGGGAGGCGGACCAGGGGCACCUGCCGCUGAAGAAUGGCGCCACUCACAGGCCCGGGGCAGCCCCCAUGGACGGCCCUCGGAGCCGGCUCGCUGGGCGGCUGGCCAACGGGCACACACCGGCCACAUAGCCAGCCGAGGACUGGCCUUGAGGGCUGGCCCCCUGUGCCCCGUGGCUGGGAUUUAUGGGGUGGCUGGACUGGUGGCCCUGGGGCCAGUGCUGGAGACAGGGACGGCCCUCCCCUGGGGGAGGGGGGUGAGGGCUAAUGAUCUCUCUCCAGCCCCUUCCUUCUGCCCGCCCUUCCCUUCUCCCUUCCCUUGGGCAGCAGGCCACCUCCGCAGCCCACCAGAGCCAGCUCCAGGCCGAAAGGAGUCCAAUAAAACUUGAAUGGA